AAUUGAGCUACAAAGUAGGCUUACUUUGGAAACUGCGGUGGCAAGCGGCGGAUUUCGAAUAUUUUCGAAAUGGCGAAUCGAAGCAUUCGAUAGACUGGCGCAGCAUUAUCGACAACAGCGAUUACUGUUGGCGCAACCACGUUAGUAGAACUUUGUUUGCACAGAAUUCGGGUUCAAAUGCAAAACAAAUCUUGGCCUACUUUGAUUGGCUGCCAUUUGGCACUGGACACUUAAUGUGGCAUCACCUUGCAUUCCUUUCGUAUUUAAUUAGAAAUGAAACGGAGCAGGCGAGGAUCCAAUUAGUAUCGGCUAAGCAUGGAUACUGCGUAGUGUGAAACUUCGAUUCCACGAACACAAACACGAUUCAAAGACACUCCGAUAAAAACAGAUAUGAAACAGCAAGAGCUCAAGGAUGUGCCCACAGUUCGUAUCCUGAUGCUGGGCGACAGAGGUGUGGGCAAGACUAGUUUGACCAAUUUGAUGGCCACUACGGAGACUACGCCCACUCCAGCCUCACGAACCAUUGGCGAGGACUCGUGGCAUGUCCAGGUGCGGAUGCAUGAGUAUCCCAAGCCGGUGAUCCUGCCGCCCACGCCCACCUGGACCACACCCUCUUCGUCGGAGGACUCCGAGAAUUACCCGUAUAUGCAGAGUACGCCCAACACCACGGAUAUCCUGUACUUUGUGGAGUUCUACGACCUGAAUAGCGAUUGGCGCAUGUGCCGCCAUCAGCGCGAUAGCUUCUAUAAGAAUAUUGACGGCAUCGUCCUCGUGUACAGCAUGCUGGACCUUAGCUCGCAGGACAGCCUGCACGAUUGGCUGUACGAUCCGUUGCGACUGAUCUGCAAGUAUCGCCAUCUGCGCAUCCGUUCCAUAUUGAAACGCCACCAUGUGCCCAUUCUGGUGGUGGGCACCAAGCUGGACAUGCUGAUGCGACGACCACUGCGUCGAAGCGGCAGCAUUGCCCACCAGCUGAACGUCGAGGAGAUGCUCGUCAACUGCCUGGAUCCCGAGACCUUUGCGGACAAGAGCCGUAAUCAGGGCAAACUGCGCGACUUCCUAAACCGAGCCGUCGAGUUUAAGGAGCGAUUUCCACUGUUGAGUUUCCGCCACUUGUGAACUUUUAUUUUUUAGUUUCCCAUCAAUUUUUUAAUAA